AUGGGAAGUUUCACAUCGACGGCCAAAAUAGAAAAUUCGGAUACGGCCGAUGAAGAUAUAUGCUCAACUUUUGAACCUACGGCUCAGGUUCAAUUAUUGGAAAGGUGUCGGAAAAUCAUCGAAACCUCUCAACGUCCGCCGCUUUUAAACCGGAAAUUCAGAGAAUUGAAAAUUUUUUCGGGGAAUGAAUCAACUAGAAAAUCAUUUUUAAGAUUGUUGCAGUGGAACAUAUUGUCGCAAACAUUGGGAGUGUCGAAUGAUAAUUUUGUUAAAACUCCUCCCGAAUCAUUGGAUUGGUCACUGAAAAGAUUUUACGUUCUUCAGGAAAUAAUACAAAACGACCCUGAUGUCAUUUGCUUGGAGGAAGUCGAUCAUUUUAAAUUUUUGGAAUCCGCCUUGAAAUCCAUCGGGUACUCUGGAAAAUUUUUCCCAAAACCCGAUUCACCUUGCGUUUACGUAGAAGGAAAUAACGGUUCGGAUGGUGCCGCCAUGUUUUAUAAAACAUCAAAAUACGAAGUCAUCAAAUGGGAAACGAGAAUAUUGGAAGUUUGGCACGUUCAAAGCAAUCAGGUGGGUUUGUCGUCCAUAUUAAAAGAUAAAGAAAGUGGAAUCGAAUUUUGCGUCGCCGUGACGCAUUUGAAAGCGAAGGCGGGUGCUUUGUUAGCAACCCUGAGAGAUCAUCAGGGACGGGAUCUUCUCACUUGGCUUGAAAAAAUAUCAGGUGGAAGGCCGAUCAUAAUCGGAGGAGAUUUCAAUGCGGAACCUUCCGAACCUGUUUACAGAACGAUGACGGAUAACAGGUUGGAUUUGAAAAGUGCUUAUUCUGUGAACGGACGAGAACCUCCCUACACAACUUGGAAGGGUGAAAUAUGUCACACGAUAGACUACGUUUUUCAUUCGAAACAUUUUAUCCCGUUGAGAUUAUUAGAUUUUCCAACCGGUAAAACCAUCGGUCCCGAAAGGAUACCGUCAUUGAGUUAUCCAUCCGAUCAUUUUUCACUCGUCGUAGAUUUCGAAUUAAACAACGUGGUAGCAGAAGACGAAAAAGACAAGAGAUCGAUGUAA